UCUUGCGCGGGUGACGUCAUUUGGUUGCGCAGAACAAGGGGCGUCAAAAUCGCCAUAUUGGCUGCUACAGUUGUUGACAGAAAUAGGGUCACCUGACAAAUCUAUUGGAAUCACAAACAUCAGAAGUUGAAAGUAUUUAGUUAUCAACAGGUCACAAAGUCAACUGGUUCAAGACUUUGAAAAUCGACUUAAUUGUCUGAAUUUGAGGAAGGGGUCAGAAGAAUCUUCAUCUGAAUUCCUGCUUCCGCCAACUUCCGGAAAGAAAUGGGUAGUAAAGAUGACGAGUACGAUUACUUAUUUAAAGUUGUGUUGAUUGGUGAUUCUGGCGUAGGAAAAAGUAACCUGUUGUCAAGAUUCACAAGAAAUGAAUUUAACUUAGAAAGUAAAAGUACCAUUGGUGUGGAAUUUGCCACAAGGAGCAUACAGGUUGAAGGUAAAGUGAUAAAGGCCCAGAUCUGGGACACAGCUGGUCAAGAACGAUACAGGGCUAUAACUAGUGCAUAUUAUAGAGGUGCUGUUGGCGCAUUAUUAGUGUAUGACAUAGCUAAACAUUUGACAUAUGAAAAUGUAGAAAGAUGGCUGAAGGAACUAAGAGACCACGCGGACAGUAACAUUGUCAUUAUGUUAGUAGGAAAUAAAAGUGAUUUACGGCAUUUACGAGCUGUCCCUACAGAUGAAGCAAGGGCCUUUGCAGAAAAGAACUCCCUGUCUUUCAUUGAAACUUCAGCAUUGGACUCAACUAAUGUGGAGUCAGCAUUUCAAAAUAUAUUAACAGAAAUUUAUAAAAUAGUAUCACAGAAACAAAUCCGGGACAGCCCUGACGACGACAACACACCUAGCAACAAUGUACAAAAUAUCAUAGUCGGACCUACAGAUAGCUCCACGCCAAAGUCUAAGUCAUGCUGUAAUGUAUGAGAGUCGCGUGGUUAGAAAGAACAAUUAAUAAGACCAAUGAUAUGUCUUUAUGACAUCAUAUUGAACGAUAUGUUACUAAAGAAAGGGGAAGAACUCCACAGUUUCUCAUUUGACAACAUUCUGCAUUGUAAAAGGGGCUUGUUUCUGUAAUAUCUUGUAAUAUCAACAUGUGUUUAAAUGAUAAUGGUUAUAUGGUGCGAUUGUUACAUUGUGUUAAUGUUUAACAUAUUUUAAUUUUAUUAUUCAUGAUGGUUUAUACUUAUUCUACUCUGUAAUUAAAAAAAAAAAAACCGACAAAUAGAAGUCGACUCAAAACUUAAAAAUAUUGUUUUUUUCCUUGGGACAUAUUUUGGGAGACAUUCUUUUACCAUUUCUUCUUUACGCCCUUUUGGCUUUAUUCAUGAAUACAUUAUCAGUUGUAAAGAAAUAAAAUUUUGAGUCCAUUAAUCUUCACUAGAAUGUGUGAGACUAUAUGAAUGAUUGAAGUUUGUUUUUUAUACGUUGUAAUUAAGCUUUCUGAUUUGCUAGUCGUAUUCAUUACAUACUGUCAUGACUGUGAUAUAUAACAAUAAUGGAGAUCCAUAAUAACUGUUGUUCUUGUAACGAACUUAUUUUUCACUAUACCCACAACUUAACUAAUUUCAACUCAAUAAUUUCAUAUCUCCAUUAAUUUGCAUGAUUCUUUAUUCACUAGAUAACUAUAGAUUUCAUUGUACAAGAAAGAAUCAUUGGCUCAAACAUCACGUAUAACAUUCCGCUAAUGGUUUUGAAUGUAAACUUGAAUUCCCAUGUUUUGUUCCUAUGGAAAUGUUUGUUGAUACAACUGGAUUGUAUUGUUGUAAUUUAAGCUUGUUUUAAACUAAAAGACUGCCAGUAAAAUGUUUUUUUAUGAUUUUAACAGUCUGGCCUUGCAGUCAUAAAACUUUGGAGCACGAUUUUUGUACUCGAGACUCAAGAAUCAACCAAUCAAAAUGCUGUAUUUCAUGUUUCAAGCAUAAUUUUUGUGCUCUGAUCACUUAGCAAAGUUUUAUGACUUCAACCCCUGUACCGUAAACAACUUUGUUUAGACACCAAAUCAAAUGUUUGAAUAUUGGUGUUCCAACAAGUAGUUGGAAAAAAUCUUGGUGCAGACUGAUAACGAACAUAUUUUUAAAUUCAGAAUAAAGGGUGGUGGUUUUUAUAUUUUUGCUACUGUGUGUAAGAUAGAAAGUGCAUUUAAAAACCUUGAAUGUAUUAAAUAAUUAACCUUAAGUCUGUAAUCAGUCCUGGGUAUAAUUUAUGACGCUCCAGGACAAGCCUUAUUUAUUUGAUUGUGACUGACUGGUAUGGUUAGAUAUAAUGUAGAAUGAAGUCAACAUGUAGAAUCUGUUUAUCUAUUAUAGCUAUAUCACAUAUUUUUAAACAAAUCUGUACAAUUUGUGUGAGUGUAUUUUAUUUAAAUGAUGAGUACGAAUGUGUGGGUGUGAUUGUGUAAUUAUUAUACAGCGAGACUUGUACUUAUAAUAGUCUGACUUUUUGUUGAUGUUGUUUCUCAAAUUUCCAUUUGUUUUGAGGUAAAGUCUGUACAUAAAAAAGUACAGGUAAUGAUUGCAUUUGUUUAUAUCAGAUUGAUAUUCUUAUGUUAAGAUAGUUCCAUUAAGGAAUAUAUCAGUAUUAGUAUACCAUUCGAUGUCUAAUACAGCAUUCAUUACUACACAUGAAAGGCAUAACACAUGAUUUCUAUUCAAAGACUUCCUAGUUAUCAAUUCUGUUUAACCAUUCAAAUAUGAUUCAAAGGGGUACAUUGCUAUUAUAAAAUAUCUAUUUCUUUUUUAGAAAAAGAUUCAAGCAUGCAUAUGAAAUAAAACAUUAUUAUAAGCAGAAUUUACCCCAUAUUGCCCUGUGUUCUUGAAUUCUGUAUUUACAAAACAAAUCUUUGUAAAGUCAUGAAAGUUCUGUACAACAAAAUUUAAAGCUACUUAAAAGCAACUUGAAUGAAUUUAUAGCAAGAAAAUUGUUUUAAAAUAUCAAUCAUGAAUCAGGGAAAAGUAAAUUUUGUUUAAAGUGUAUAUUGGCAUUAAUAAUGUGGCUGUGAUGACUUUUUGACUUGGUAAAUGCUAAAUUAUUGCUAAAGAAGAUCAAAUUGAGCAACAAAAGGGAAAAAAAAGCACUUAAAUAUUAUGGCAAAUACAGCAACUAAAUCCAAUGAUUACAUGUUUUGAAUAAGUGGCUGCACCCUUUAUUUCUACCCUAACAUUAUACAAUAUACCUCAUUGCUAGCAUGUUGGUAUAUUUUUUUGUUCUUGCUUAAUUAACUCAAUAUUAUUACUGUGUAUAUUUGUUAAUACUUGAUGUAAAAUCUUGUAUGAGAUUAUGAUAAAUUAUUCUUUUAAAAAACCUAUAGUCCUAUACAGUCAAAUUUCUAAUGGGCUAUGAUUACAUAUUUCAGCUCAUGUGUUUAUGGUCCAGUAGGAAAGGACACAUGUUCGGUCCAGUGGGAAAGGUCACAUGUUUGGUCCAGUGGGAAAGGACACAUGUUUGGUCCAGUGGUAUUUUAAUCAGCCUUCAAUGUCAUGAUACAUUGAUAAAUUUAUAUGUUGGAAAGAUUUCAAGACAAAAUACAUCAAAUGAGUUAAAAGUAAUAAAAGAUGAUAUAAUGAAUUAAAAUAAACAGUCCUUUUUGGUCGUAUAAUGCCUGGACUGCAAGAGCUAUGAAAACAACUUUUGAGGCCAAUCUUAAAUAAAUUAUUUUGUUUGAUGUUGCUUAUGCACGGUAAAAAAAAGAGAUUUAAAAAUGUUGUCCAACAACUUACAUGUGGAAAAAAAAUUGCAUGUUUUAGAGACAAAAAGAGAGCAGUAAAAAAAAAAAAUAUAAUUUGAACUGAUUUGUGUGUAUUUUUGUUUUGUAUUAGGUGUGUUUUUGUAGGCAACAUCAAACAAUCUAAAUUUUGUGUAUGGCCUGAUCUUACUGUGAUUAUAAUGUAAAUAUAUGUUUAUUUUUUCAUCACAAAUGCUUGUUUAUCGUAUGUCUGUACGAGUGUAUGUGAGAGUUGAGGAGGGUACAUUUUAUAAACAAAACUGAUAGAAUAAAAAUGUUAACAUUUA